AUGCGUGAGGCAGGCUCUGUCGAUAUUGGACGCAGCACGCCCUCGCACGGCGCACGGACUACCUCGCGACAGGGCGCCAUGCAGCGGAGGGCGCUCGGGCGCCUGCUGCGCCCCGCCUGGGCGUCGGUGCGCGCAGCUCGCACGCCCUCCGCGCCGAACCGCGCGCCCGCCCACGUCUGCGCGGCCCGCCACGCGCUUCCCCGCAGUAUCUGCUGCCUCGCAGCGCCGCAGUCCCCCGAGCCCGCGAGCGGGCGCGCCGCAGCGGCGCCGCCCACUGCGCCCGCCACAAACGGCAGUGGGCACCUCCACGAGCCCGUGUACGGCGCGCACACCGUCAUAGCGGGGCCGCCGGACGUCGGCUCGGGCUCCGCGGCGGCGCUGAUCUGGGACGACGACGGCUGGGCGGCCCCGCUCCCGCUCCCGCGGCGCGUGUUCUGCAACCGCUCGCUCAACAUGGCCAAGGUGCGCGCCGUGGGGUUCGACCUGGACUACACCCUGGCGCAGUACAAGCAGGACACGUUCGAGCAGCUCGCGUACAAGCUCACCACCAACCACCUCGUCCGGUCGGCGGGCUACCCGAAGGAGCUUCUCAACAUGCCCUUCGACUGGCGCUACAUGCAAAAGGGGCUGACGAUCGACAAGCGGCGCGGCAACGUGAUCAAGCGCGACCGGCACCACUACGUGAAGCUGGCCUACCACGGGUUCCAGGAGCUCUCGCGGGAGGAGCGGAUCGACACGUACGCGCGGGAGGUCCGGGAGUCGUACGACAGCGCGGACUACGCCACCCUCGACACGCUCUUCUCGCUCGCCGAGGCGUACCUGUACAUGCAGUUGGUGGAGCUGAAGGACUCGCGGCCGGACCUCGAGGCCCUGGCGCGGCGGGACUACUUCACGAUGUACACGGACGUGCGCCGCGCGGUGGACGAGUGCCACCGCGACGGGAGCCUCAAACGCGAGGUCGCGCGGUACCCGGAGAAGUACAUCCACUCGGACCCGAGCCUGGUGCCGAUGCUCGAGAUGCUGCGCGCGAGCGGGAAGCGCGUGUUCCUGGCCACCAACUCCCUGUGGGACUACGCCAACGUGGUCAUGAACUACAUCAUUGACGGGAAGGUGGGCGACGCGAAGGACACGUCGUGGCUGCGCAUGUUCGACAUCGUCGUCGUGGGGUGCUCGAAGCCCAAGUUCUUCUCGGAGCGCUCCGCCCUCUUCCGCGUGGACCCCGAGACCGGGCUUCUGCAAAACACCGACAACGGCGCGCCCACCGUCCCCGUCGACCAGCAGGCCGCCGCGUACUCCGCGUCCGACGCCAUCCUCCAGUCCGCGGAGCUCGGCACCGACGACGAGCGCCUCCCCGCCGCGUCCUCCUCCGCGCACCCCAAGCCGCGCACGGCCGACUCCGCGCGCCACCACGACCCGGCGCCCGUGUUCCAGGGCGGGUUCUACGCGGACCUGCACCGCACGCUGGGCGUCACGCGCGGCGAGGAGGUCCUGUACGUCGGGGACCACAUCUACGGCGACAUUCUGCGCUCAAAGAAACACCUGGGGUGGCGCACGAUGCUCGUCGUGCCGGAACUGGAGGCCGAGCUCGAGGAGCUGUCGCGGCACCCGCUGCUGCCGCAGGACCUGCUGUCGUCGCGCGUGAAGCGCGACGCGCUGGAGGACCAGGCGCACCACUUGGAGUGGUGGCUGUCGCGCAGCCCGGCGGAGCGCCACGGCGGCGGCGCGGACGAGAGGACGGCGGACCUGGAGGACCGGCUGGCGGCACUGCGUGCGCGGAUCGCCGCGGCGCGGGAGGAGCACCGCGAGGGUCUCCGGAAGUACCACUUGCGCUUUCACUCGCAGUGGGGGCAGGUGAUGAAGACGGGGUACACCGCGUCGUUCUUCGCGCACCAGGUGGAGCGCUUCGCGUGUCUGUACACGAGCCACGUCGGCAACCUGCUCCUGGCGGACCCCGUGAAGAACUACCGCGCGCCAAUCGACAUGAUGCCGCACGAAGCUGCGGUGCCCGCGAGCGUCGACAUGGCGACGCGGAGCUUCGAGGACUAUCUGACUGGCCUGUGA